UUAAGAAGAAGAGAAAAAUAAUAUAUAUAACAAAAAAAAAAAAAAGCAUAAUCAAAUGAGAAUCUAUAGAGAAAAUGGGGAAGUAGAAUCUCAACGGAUGCUCGCCUGACAGUAAGCCACUAGACACGGAAGGGAGAGGGCGUAUGUGCUUCCGUUCCGCCCGCCUCUUGUCUCACGUCACUCAAACACUUGGAACAUUAUCGGUUUAUCUUUACCGGUGAACUAGACGGACUGAGGUGACGUAAAAGGGCGCUUAAGUAACAUACGAGAGUGUCCAUAGCGAUUAUAUAUGAGGCGAUGAGUGAAUAAGCUUCGUUUGCCGUCUCGAAACUGUUCACGAGGAGUUUCGAAGCUUGGAAAUGAUUCUGUGAUUGUUAAAAAAGGAAGGAUGAAAUAGGAAAAUACUCGUUACAUACCUGAACAGAUUGCACAGGUGACUUCAUUAGUGUUGUGAGUUGAAUAUAUUGAAUUUGAGGUGAACGAUCCUGUGAAUGUUUGUGUGAUUGUUAAAAGGAAAAAUGAAACAGGAAAAAACUCAUUACACACCUGGACAGAUUGCACAGGUGACCUCAUUAGUGGUGUGAGUUGAAUAUAUUGAAUUUGAGGUGAAGGAUCCUGUGAAUGCGUUUUGGUUUGACGUGAAGAGAGACUGAACCACGCAAGGAAAACAAACAAACAAAUAAACAGACUAGCUAAUUAACCACCUCAACAGAAACACACAGGUAACUCACUAAAUCAAUGCGUUAAUUAAGUGAAAAUACCUGAAAAUUACCUUACAUCACCUUUCCGAACCACACACAAACGCACGCACUCACACACACACUCUUGCCUACUUCUGACCUUUUUUAACCGACAAACUAACGCACUCAAAGAUGACCGGGAGGAAAGUGCUCAUCUUCGCGAUAGUGACGCUGAUAGUGGUGAUAGUGAGGGGUGAGGUGGAGGAGGAGUCAAAGGAGAUCAUAUAUGGAGAGAAGAAGGGAGGAGUGGAGGAGGAAGAGGUGGAGGAAGAGGAGGAAGCAGAAGGGGGUGUGACAGAGGCCUGGAUCAUGCGGCGUCCAUUCCACAUUCCACCUCCACACCCACGCCCCUUCCACCCGCGCCCCCCCAUCCACGCCUACCACAACCCCCUCCCGCCACGCCCACGCACUCCCAUGCACCCACGCCCCCUCCCGCACCCCCCAGCUCGCCCCACCUGGCCCCGGGAGAAGUCAGCGGUACAGGUGGACGAUGGAGGGGGUCACGGGUACUGGGGAGGUCAGAGGUCACGGGUGAGGUCAAGUCAAGGUUACCUGUCUAAUGGAUCGCUGACUGAGGCCCUGAACGUCUUGUGGACCAGCAGGGACGGAGGGCACGCACGCAACCACAACUACGGGACCAGCCACCACGACCACCACAACCAGAACCACCGGACCACUCAAAACAACCGGAACUACUAUUAUAACCAAGGCGACGACCAUAAAUACGACGGCUACGACUACCAGGACGAGGAUCCGUAUAAUUACGUCUCCUACGACCACGAGAACUACGACCACAAGAGAUACAAUGUUUACGACGCCGCCAAGACCCGGAACACCCCAUCCUCCAACCCAUUCACCCCCUUCACCCCUCCAUCCUCCCCCCCGUUCACCCCCUACAACCCCCCGCCUACCACCCCCACCCCUAACCCCUCCCGCCUCGCCCCCUAUCCCCCCAGGGUCAAUAAUCCCCCCGUGGUAAACCCCCACGGGAAUGUCAGGGUGGGUUCUGGGGUUGGGGGCAUGGGAGUGGGGGGUGAUGCAGUUAGGGGAGGGGUAUCAAGUGGAGCGGUGCCCCCUCAUACCCCUGUGGGACCCCUGGGAGUGCCCCCUCGCCACCCCCCGGUCCGGCCCCCUGUGGGAAGGCAACCCCAUCAGCCAGCGCCCCCCCGUGUCCAGCCCGUCGCCCCCCUCACCCCCUUGCACCCCCCUAUAGCACCAGGUCACCACCACCCACACAUCCGCCUUCACCCCGCGCCCCCUCGGCUCGGGCCCCCCCAGUACCCCGCCCCAGCCUACCCCAGAGCCCCGGCACCCCCCCCACCGUGGCAGCCCCCCCCAGCCCCCCUGCACCUCACCCCCCACGAGGCUGUGCAGCUCAACAGGAUCCUCAGUGACCCCCUCUGGCGGCGACACUUUCUGGGGGCUGCUAACCGAGCGGGUCUGGCUGACACGGGCACAGGAGACUCAACCCCAGUCAUCACCCCCCUCUCCCACCUCCCCUCCGGCCCUUACGGUGGGGUUGGCGGGGGGUGGAUGAACGGGGUUGGGGCGGCGGUGGGGGGCGUGGCGAACUCCCUCCCCUCCCUCGAGAAAGCCGUCACCACGAUGUCCUUUAUGGCUUUUGGGAUCUUCAUGGCGAACCUCCUCGUGCAAGCCUUAGCGAAUGUGAGUAUGGGGUAUAGGAGCUGA